UGGAGUAGGUAAAAUCGAGAAGCUUGAAUAUGAAUAACAAGAUGUGCAUUAAAAUGUAGAUAUCUAAACUCCAUACACGUUCAAAUGUUUAGAUGUUGUGUUAUGAUCUGAAUACUGAAUAAUUAAAAUUAUUAGUUUUCUCAACAUCUAAAUCUAUAAAAUUGUCUUUGUUUAAAAAUUAAUAAAUAUUCAAUAUAAAUAUUUGACUAUGGUGGUGCGAUUGUUGUUGUGAUGUCAAUUGGGAAUGAUAUUGGCUGAUGGUAUUUGUUGUGGGUAGUAGUUAGUAAUUGUGGUGGUUGAUGACAUUGUUUAACGGUGGUGAUAAUUGGGGUUAAAUGAUAGUAAUAGUUAAUGGUGAAGGAUGGUGAUUGGCGAUAUGUAAUAAUGGUUGACGUUGAUUGUCAAUAAAUUUGGUGUUGAGGGUGAUCGUUGUAAAUAAUGGCUAGUGGUAUGAAAAUUGACUGUGGUGAUGACAAUAAUGAUGGUUGUGUUUGAGGGUAGUGGUUGUAGUGAUGUGUGAUGGUAGUUAUAACAUGAGCGAUGUAAAGCGAAUGCAGUAAUGGUGGACUUCUAUUUUCGUAGAAAAUUUUGAAUAAGUAUUUUUAUGAUAUAAAGACUUUAUUAUAGAUCUUACUCAGAUUAUUAAGUGAUUACAAAAUAAAAAUAAAAAACAUACAUAAUGAUUAAAACCUAAGUAAUUAAAAUUAAAUUUUUUAAAAUAAAUAAACUUUAUAUUAAAAUGUGAAUAACUAAAAUUAAGAUCUUCCUUGCAAACAAAUAAGACCCUAAAGUUUAUAAGAGACAAUUUUGUUAGUAUUUUUAUCAGAAAAAACUCGUGAAAAUUGUGGGCAUGAGCCAUUCAUUGAGACUUUGAAUGAAUAGCUCAUCGUUUUCAUAUUUUCAGAGACGAAAAUGCCCUUUCCCCCGGUUAGAAAAAGCAUGUUUGUAAAAAAAAACCCGCGAGAAUUAGUGGGUGCGUGGUCUGAAAGAUUGGCCUCUAGAGUAGCGCCAUUGAAGAUUGUCGUAUUUAGAAGAUGCAUAGAGAAACCCUAGCUUCAUCAUCCAACCCGCCAGAAGAAGAUGCUUGGCGCACUACCUACAAUAAUUUACUUCCUCGAUGGCAGUCACUUGCUUCAUCGAAUCAGUCUGCCAUUCCAAUUUCAAUAUCAAGAGUUAAUCAGGUAGAUGCAGGAAGAUUGGACAUUGAAAUGUCGGCCAUGCUAAAGGAACAGUUGGUUAAGGUCUUCUCUUUGAUGAAGCCAGGAAUGCUAUUUCAAUAUGAGCCAGAACUUGAUGCUUUCUUGGAGUUCCUUAUCUGGCAGUUUUCUAUCUGGGUUGAUAAGCCUACACCGGGUAAUGCUCUAAUGAAUCUGAGGUAUAGAGAUGAACGUGCGGUUGAAGUGAGAGAAAAAGUUCGAAUAGGAUUGGAGGGACCUGGACUUACUGUUGCUCAGAAGAUAUGGUACUGUGUCGCUACUGUUGGUGGUCAAUAUAUGUGGGCUCGUCUUCAAUCAUUUUCUGCUUUCCGGAGGUGGGGCGACUCUGAGCAGAGGUGUGUGGCACGCCGAGCAUGGUUGUUAAUACAACACAUGGAGGGGAUCUAUAAAGCAGCGUCUUUCAGCAGUCUACUUCUCUUUCUUUACACAGGAAGGAGCUCCCUUUUUUUGCUUCCUUGGUCACUCGAACUGACAACCUUCGGGUUGAAGGUAUAGAGCACUUACCAUCUGAACAACUCUCUUGUCUUGAGCAGAGAAUUGCUAGCUAAAUUUACCAGUUGCCGUUACUGUAGCAAAAGUUAAUAGCCGUUGAAGUAUUUGGAGCUACAAAAGUACAUCAUAACGUGUGAUUUCGUGGGGACUUUUAUAGUCCACUAAUCCUUAUCUUUCUCUUUUGGGCCCCCUCUUUUAAUGGGCUUAUAGGUGAAUGAAUUGCAUUGAAGGUAAGACCUCUUUCAGCAUCAUA